GCAGUGAUUUGGUUCCCUCCUUUUUUGGCUUGUUGAUUAUUUUCCAUGGAAAGAGGCGCUGUUAAUUAAAACGAAGAAAAGCCCUCACAGUGAAUUACAACUGAAAGUGAUACUGGCCUAUUCAAUGGCAAAAGAAAACUGACACUAUUACUAGGUUAACUAUGUAGCGUUUGACUUUAACUAAAUAUAACUUGAUGUUUAAUAGGGAAUAAUUACUAAACUGGAAACAGAACAUAAAUAUAAUGGAACACAUCACCAGCAUAAAAUGUUUACUAUAUAACUGAACACCGUUAACCAUUCACAACAACAACGUCACACAUCGAGGACGCGCUCGAGCAACACCAUGCGACGGGGACUGACAAGAUGGCGAUCAUUUUAGAAACAGAAGAGUAACUGCCGUGAAGGAGAGGCUAGAUAACACCAUGCCCUGGGAGGGUCCCAUUUCUCAAUUCACCAUGGUCACCAUGGUGAUAUGAAGCCAGUGUGAAACACAGAUACACAAAGAUUCACACACAGACAGUCAGUUAUUGACUGACACAACCAGCCGCCACCUUGGCAGGCAGGUGUGUGUAAUGGACAGGUGUAAGCAUGUGGGGCGGCUGCGGCUGGCCCCAGAUCACUCCAUUCUUAACCCCCAGAAAUGGCACUGCAUGGACUGCAACACCACCGAGUCUAUAUGGGCCUGUCUGGGCUGUUCGCAUGUGGCAUGUGGACGUUACAUCGAGGAACAUGCUCUCCAGCACUUCCAGCAGCAACGCCAUCCAUUGGCAAUGGAGGUUAAUGAACUUUAUGUUUUUUGCUAUUUGUGUGAUGAUUAUGUCCUUAAUGACAAUGCCACAGGAGACCUCAAGCUGCUUCGUAGCACACUUAGUGCCAUCCAGAGUCAGCGUUAUGAGGUCACCACCCGCAGUGGGCGCACCCUCCGCUCAGCAAGCUCUGCCCCUGACGCCAUCAUGCCCUCUGGUGCUCGUGAGCUGCAGCUGAGGGAUGAGGACAGGAUGUUUACUGCCCUCUGGCAUCGACGAAGGGCGCUUAUGGGACGUGUCUUCAGGUUCUGGUUUGGACUCACUGAAUGUGGAAAGAAGAGAGAAGAAGAGGAGAGGAAGAGGGAGGAAGAGGAGGAGCAGAAAAGGGAGGCAAGGGAGAGGAGGAACGCUCUUAAGAGGCAAUUGCAGGAGGAAUUGGAGAAUGCCCCUCUCAGGAAGAGUCGUCGCCUACGGCAGAAGAGCCAGAGAGUAGUGGACGCGGCAGCAGUAAUACCAGCCUCUCGUAGGGCGCGCAACGUGACAAAAAAUGUAGUGCCCUCAUCCCUUACGCGCAGGCCAAGGACUCGAAGCCCUGCCACAUCGACACCUCAGAAAGCUGGGCAAACAAAAAAAGUUCAACCAACUCCCAAACUCCGCAGCCGUUCCUCUGCCACCAAAACUAAGCCCAAAACAUCCUCAGUGACCUCGCGUGCACCCCCAACUCCUGUCCGUCACAAACAGCAGAGUACAAAACAGGGUGGCUCACCCUUCAGACGGCGUCCUACAGUCACUCCUGGAGUGACAGGACUGAGGAAUUUGGGCAACACCUGUUAUAUGAACUCUAUCCUUCAAGUGCUCAGCCACUUACAUGUGUUCAGGGAGUGCUUUCUGCGCCUGGACCUAACACAGGCACUGGAGCUCCUGGCAUCUGCUGUACAUGGCCAGUUGUCAGGGAAGGCUUCUUCCCAUUCAUAUAUGGUCCACAUGAAGGGACCUCAGGCCAGCUCAGGCUCAGGAGUUGGGCUGAGCGGUGGGGCUUCACGGGCCCGCAGCAUGGAGCUUAUACAACCCAAAGAGCCAAGCUCAAAGCACAUCUCUCUUUGCCACGAGCUGCACACCUUGUUCCAGGUUAUGUGGUCCGGCAAGUGGGCGCUGGUUUCGCCUUUUGCUAUGCUACAUUCAGUCUGGCAGCUGAUCCCGGCAUUCCGGGGCUAUGCUCAGCAGGAUGCUCAGGAGUUCCUGUGUGAGCUGCUGGACAAGGUACAGCAUGAGCUGGAGAGCACUGGCAAGCACACGACCACAGCAGGAGUACCACAGACACAGAAACGACUCAUCAAGCAGGUGCUCAGUGUGGUCAACACCAUCUUUCAUGGCCAACUCCUUAGCCAGGUGACGUGCCUUGCUUGCGACCAUCGCUCUAACACUGUGGAGCCAUUCUGGGAUCUGUCUCUGGAGUUCCCUGAGCGCUAUCACAGUAACAGUAGCAGAGAGUCGGCUGCACAGGCUUCCUGCCAUCUGACAGAAAUGCUAGCCAAGUUCACCGAGACUGAAGCCCUGGAGGGAAACAUUUACUCUUGUGACCAGUGUAACUCUGCUCGAAGGCGGACCUCCUCCAAACCAGUCAUCCUGACUGAAGCAAAAAAACAACUCAUGGUCCACAAACUGCCUCAAGUCUUGCGGCUUCACCUCAAACGCUUCAGGUGGUCUGGGAGGAACGACCGGGAGAAGAUUGGAGUCCAUGUCAGCUUUGACCAGCUUCUCAACAUGGAGCCUUAUUGCUGCCUUGAGCCUUCACCUAAAGGUGUGCCCUGCUCCAGCCCCAGCAGCCCCAGCUCUGCAGGCUCACCUCGCCCUAAGCACUUCAUCUACGAACUCUCAGCUGUGGUGAUGCAUCAUGGGAAGGGCUUUGGCUCUGGUCACUACACUGCCUACUGCUACAACACAGAAGGGGGCUUUUGGGUUCACUGUAAUGACUCUAAGCUGAAUGUGUGUUCAGUGGAAGAGGUGUGUCGUGCUCAGGCCUACAUCCUCUUCUACACACAGCGUGUAACUCAGGACAAAGACAGGCCACUAUAGGACCACAGGCCCUAAUCCCACCUUUUCCUCCUCAGCUGCAACCUGACCACUCAGCGAGAAGGUAUCAGCACAGCCCAACCUGUCACUUUCCCUCUCCCGUGUGUUUCUUUGGGCAUUUUAUAUCCUGGCUGGAUGGGUGUUUUUUAAAUCUAAAAAAAAAAUAGAGGAAAGACUCCUUUUUUGAAACAGUUCUGCUUUGUGAAUUUAUUGUAUAUGGUGUUUAUAUGUAGGUAUUUUUUUUAAAAAGGUGAUGUUUGUGAUUGGUGUACAGUUGUAAUUUUAUAAAAAAGAAUUAUCAGCCAAGAUGUGUUUGAGUAGCAGCCAACAGACUUUGGCCGGGCAUGACUACAUACAAGUGUCCUCUCCAGGUAUAUUCACAUGUGGCUUGUUGAUUGUAAAUUCAAUUUGGUCAUCUAAAAUCAGCUGAGAUGUUUCUCUGUCACUUUAGAUAGUCAACACAGAACUGGAUAUAGGGUUGUAAAAUGUCAUUCACUAUUACUAGAAAUGGCCUGGUUUUGAUAAUGUCCCCUUUUCCACAGACAGUCCUGCCACAAAUGCACUAUUUUCUACAUAAUAGGUUGUCUGCAUUGUUUGUACUUGCACUCCGUGUUGGUUCAAAAAUCGGUACACAAGCAGAGUAGAGGUUAUUUUUCCACUCUGCUGUGUCUGUCAGGAAAAGAUGCAAUUGGCAGACCUCAAGCCUAAACCUUGGGGAAAGUGUUUGGAAAGUCUCAGCAUUUCCAAAACAGCUCAGCAUUUGCUGGGUGCUUUAAUUUUUUUCCUUCUCUGUUGGAUUGGUAGAGGAGGAGAAAGAGUUUUCCAAAGGGAUGUUUUUGGUUGAAUGCUGCCACCUCUAUGCUCCAGAAUGUAAAUUGUCUGAACACUCCCUGACAGAUGACAGUGUACUAGAAAAGUGCCCUUUUGUUGAAAAAGCAGAUAUAUUUUAAGAGACCAUAUCAAUUCAGCAAAGUGGAAUCCGCACAGCUGUAGACCCAACCAGACCAGCAUUUAGAUUUUGAAUGUAUUUUUCUACAGUCCUCCUCAGAGGUUUAAGAAAAGAGGCCAUUGACUGUUUAAAAAGUUUUAUACAACCGCUGAUUCUUUUCAACUUCUUGCUGAUUGUUCAAUGCCACCAGCAGUUAUGACAGAUUCCACUGUUUUAAGUAGUGUGUACUGUAUGUGUACAUACUGUAUUUGCCAGAUCUACCUGGAAUUUUGCAGUGUAUACAGAUUGUGGUAUUUAUCUCCAUACUGGAGAAAACUGUACAAAAGAAAAUCUCCGCCUCAUCCAUGUUCUCUCUGACUUGUCCAUCAGGGGGAAAUUUAAAGCACACUUUAUCUUGUGUCCCUUUACUGUCAGAUGUUGUGACACAUUUUUGGCUUUUGGUUACUACUCCAUGGAUGUGUGUGUAAAAUUAUGGAAGAUAUACUAUGCAAAUUGUUACCUCAAUUUUUUCUAGAGAAAAUUACCUCAAUAAAUGAGAAUAUUUUUUCAUUUUUCUACAAAAACUUGGUGAUGUUUUCUUUCUCAUGUUUGGGCAGUAGCUUUUAUCACAGUUAUUAACCUUCACAUUAUUCUGAACCCUCAACCAUACAAUUGAUACAGAAAAUAUAAGAUGAGGACAGCUCUCAAUGAGCAAAAUUAUUUUAAUUGUUUUCUUACAAAAACAUUUUAGGGAGUUCAAAAUGAAGCAUUUAAUUGGGAACAUACAUUGGCAGCAGCCAUUUCAAAGAUAUUUUACAAAUAUCAAAGAAACAAUGACUGGAGGGCCAGAGUGCAGAGUUCCCUCCUGUAGCGACAGAAGCCAAACAUACAGCUGUAGAUGCACGGUGUCUGUAUGAAGAUGGCGUUAUUACUACAACACCCCGAGCUUAACGUUAGAAUUGUCUGUUUGCAGAGAUUUCUGGCCAUGCAUUGACCUAACCACCUUUUAUGCCUGUCAGUAGCAUUCAUGCUCAAUUUAACUCAAGCAUUAGACACUGUAGGCUCAGAGUGGUGCCAGAGAAACUUUGAAAAAGGGAGGUAAAAAGGGGCUUCCCACCCUCACCAUUUCAAAACAAGGUUGCAUUAAUGCAGCACAACCUUAAAUAUUUGUAUAACCAUCUCAUCUUUUGUAAAAUAAUGGCUGCAAGGCUUUUGAAGGACAGUGUCUGC